GACCUGCCAAUACCGGGUCACUUCACAACGUGUUGUCUCAGGUCAGGCUCAAUAGGUCAACUCCCCGCUGCCCAACACCGGCGCCGCUCUGCCAAUGGAGGCAUACCCCCAGCACGGACCUGGGGAAGGGCAGGAUGGCUCAGAUUAUCUCCCUCCCCAACCGCAAGAGGCCCUUCUUCAGGAAGAAGAAUUCACAGGGAUUACUGCUUUGUUGCUGGAAAACCUGAGACAAUAUUUGUUUAGUUCGAAGAUUCGGAUUCUUGAUCCCUUCCAUCUACCGCAAAUCCAUGUUACCCUUGUGAUCCCGGGUGACCCGCCGGGGGAUGUCACGGUGGACACCGCGGCGGAUAUAUCGCGGAGCUCGCCAUACUGUUUUGUUAGUGGGCAGUGGGCAAUCGAGCAUUGCCUACACCAGCAGCCAAUCCCCCGCGAAAAAUUACCCGGAAUCCAGCAGUGCUUUCCGGGCCACAGCCUUACGCACUUUGUCGAAGUAAAACACCUAAAAUCCCUGCCGUAUGGGAUUUGGCGCAGAAACCUCUCGGUGCUGGUGGACGACAACAGGAGUCCUCAUCUGCCACCUGUUUCCCUCAGCGGGCGCCUACUUCUGAAGAAUGCCGCGUCGCAAAUGCUUCUGGACUUUGGAACAUGGAUGAAUAACUUCAUCCAUCCAGACAUAGCGAACUCGGUCAUAAGGGAGGCCAAUAAUACCCUUCCGGUAAUGACUAGGGCGCCCCCCAGAGAGGGCCGAGGAUAUUCUGCAACACGCUCAGUUGCUGACGCCGAAGUAUCGAUCCUAGAUGAGCCCUUCGAUUUAGCCUCGGGCACUUCAUUCGCCAGAGAGGAGGCCUUCUGGGGCGCUCCCUCUCCGGGGCGUGAUUAUUUCCCAUAGGAGCAUCCAGAAAUCCAGUGGGAUCCCAACGAAGGGGCUGUGGACAGGUAGACGGUGUGUAUCGACAGCGAAGCGCAACCGAUGCUGGACACGUUAAAUUCAACAUUCCUAAACUCCGGGCAGA